AAUGGCCCUGUCAAACCUUUCCAUGGAAGGGUUUCUACUGCUUGUACGGAAAAACUAUGACACCAUCCUUGUUGGCUUGUGCUUGUGGUUGUCAAUGGCAAUAGCAUAUGUUGUCUCAAAAGCUUGGAGAAGUGAUGGAGACUCAGCAGGAAGUAUCCCAGGCCGCCUCGGUCUCCCUUUUAUAGGCGAGACUCUCUCUUUUCUUUCAGCAGCUAACAGUACAAAAGGUUGUUAUGAGUUUGUAAGGCUCCGGCGACUCUGGCAUGGGAAGUGCUUCAAAACUAGGGUAUUUGGCAAGGUUCAUGUGUUUGUUCCAAGCCCAGAAGGGGCAAGAAAGAUAUUCGCCAAUGAUUUUGUUGAUUUCAACAAGGGAUAUGUUAAAUCCAUGGCAGAUGCUGUUGGAGAGAAGAGCUUGCUUUGUGUACCACAUGAUAGCCAUAAAAGAAUUAGGCAUCUUCUUUCUGAACCUUUCUCAAUGCCUUCACUGUCUAAGUUUGUUCAGAAAUUUGAUCAAAUGCUUGCAUGGGAGCUUAAGAAACUUGAAGAAAGUGGCAAAUGCUUUACGGUGCUUGACUUCAGCAUGAAGAUGACAUUUGAUGCAAUGUGUAAUAUGCUAAUGAGCGUCACAGAGGAUUCCUUACUGCGAGGUAUAGAGAAAGAUUGCACUGCUAUUUCUGAUUCCAUGCUAUCUAUUCCUCUCAUGAUUCCUGGUACCAGAUACUAUCAAGGCAUUAAGGCACGUCAAAGGCUUAUGGAAACAUUAAAAGGGAUAAUUGAUAAGAGAAGAAGUGAAAUGGGGAGUGAUGAAGAUUUCCUGCAGUCCAUGUUACAAAGAGAUUCAUACCCAUCUGAUGAAAAGCUUGAUGACUCAGAGAUCAUGGAUAACCUGUUAACAUUGAUAAUCGCUGGCCAGACUACCACUGCAGCUGCUUUAAUGUGGAGUGUCAUGUUCUUGCAUCAAAACCAAGAAGCCCAAACCAGGCUUCGAGAAGAACAAUUGUCUAUUGCCAAACAUAAGCAAGAUGGAGCCUCUCUUAGCCUUGAAGAUCUUAACAAAAUGUCAUAUGGCUUAAAGGUUGUCAAGGAAACAUUGAGAAUGUCAAAUGUCUUGUUAUGGUUUCCUCGAGUUGCACUAAAUGACUGCACAAUUGACGGCAAGUUUGUUGUAGUUACUCGCAUGAUUUUUCAAAGAAAAUAAAGUCUUUCAAUUUCCUGGAAGAUCCAAAACGAAAUUAUAAUUGCAAUUUUAGUUCUCUUUUCAGGUUUUGAGAUAAAGAAAGGAUGGCAUGUAAACAUUGAUGCAACAUGUAUACAUUACGAUCCUGCUUUCUACAAGGAUCCUGAGCUAUUCAAUCCUUCAAGAUUUGAUGAAAUGCAAAAACCAUACAGUUUUGUACCUUUCGGAUCAGGACCUAGGACUUGCCUAGGAAUGAAUAUGGCAAAAGUGACAAUGUUGGUAUUUCUACACCGGCUAACUAGUGGAUACAAGUGGAACAUUCAUGAUUUAGAUCCCAGUCUAGAAAAGAAGGCACAUAUUCCUCGUCUAAGGAGUGGCUGUCCCAUAACCUUGGAGGCCUUAAAUAAAUAGUCAAAAUGUGUAUGUGUGUAUUUCUAUUUUUUUCAUACAAACAUUGCUCAAAUUAAUUGGGUAUAACUCAAUUGAAAUUAGAAUCAUCUUUAGUAUUAUAAAAUUUGAA